GCCAACAUUUUAUAAGGAAGUAGAGAAAUAACGGUCGAAGAAACAUGUUUGAGCUGAGUGAGCUGUGACUUACAUCUAAAAUGAGUCUCUCUGGGGAGAGAGAGGAGGAGACCACUGCCUCUAUAACGAGUCUCUCUGGGGAGAGAGAGGAGGAGACCACUGCCUCUAUAACGAGUCUCUCUGGGGAGAGAGAGGAGGGGACCACUGCCUCUAUAACGAGUCUCUCUGGGGAGAGAGAGGAGGGGACCACUGCCUCUAAAAUGACUCAAGACACCAGUUCUAAGAGUGUCCAGAAGCCCAGAGCAGAGUCCCCUACAACCAGCCCGCUAUCAAUGAAGAGUGAUCAGCCACCUGCUUUCAGCCAGGAACCAUUACCAGAUGACAAUAAGGAAGUGGAGAGGUUGGACAGUGAGGAUGCAUUAAAGAUCACACACAACCUUCUAGACAGAAGAAGUCAAACUCUGCUGACAGUCCAACAAGACAUUAAGGCUAAACUGAAACACAAGUAUCAACACAUAUCUGAAGGAAUUGGACACCAUGGAAACCAAAGUCUGUUAAAGGACAUCUACACAGAGCUCUACAUCACAGAGGGUGGAUGUGGAGGACUCAAUAAUGAACAUGAGGUUAGACAGAUAGAGAUGGCAUCCAAGAAACGAACCACACAAGAGACACCAAUCAAAUGCAACGACAUCUUCAAGCCUUUACCUGGACAAGACAAACCUAUCAGAACUGUGCUGACAAAAGGAAUCGCUGGCAUUGGAAAAACAGUCUCUGUGCAGAAGGUCAUCCUUGACUGGGCAGAGGGAAAAGCAAAUCAGGACGUUCAUUUCAUGUUUCCUCUUCCUUUCCGUGAUCUGAACCUGAAAAAGGACCAAUACACUCUGAUGCAACUUCUUUCCCACUACUUCUCAGAGCUGAAAGAGAUUGACAGCAUUGAAGAUGGUGAAACCAAAACUGUUUUCAUUUUUGAUGGUCUGGAUGAGUGUCGACUUACUCUAGACUUCAAAAACAAAGGGAAGUGCUGUGAUGUCACGAAGCCAACCUCAGUGGAUGUGCUGCUGACAAACCUCAUCGAGGGGAAUCUGCUUCCCUCUGCUCUCCUCUGGAUAACCACACGGCCUGCAGCAGCCAAUCAGAUCCCUCCUGAUUAUAUUGACCAGGUGACAGAGGUACGAGGGUUCAAUGAUCCACAAAAGGAGGAGUAUUUCAGGAAGAAAAUCCCAAAUCAGAAUCUGGCCAAUGAAAUCAUCAAACACAUGAAGACAUCAAGGUGCCUCCACAUCAUGUGCCACAUGCCAGUCUUCUGUUGGAUAUCAGCCACUGUCCUUGAGAUGAUACUGAAAGAGGCAGAGAAGGAUGAAGUCCCCAAAACCCUAACCCAGAUGUACUCACACUUCGUCCUCAUCCAGAUUAUUGUGAAGAACAAGAAGUACAACAAAGCCACAGAGACAAACCCAAAGGAACUGUCUCAGUCAGACAAAGAGAUGAUCCUGAAACUGGCAAAGCUGUCUUUCCAACAACUGCAGAACGGCAACCUGAUCUUCUAUGAGGAGGACCUGAGAGAGUGUGGCCUUGAUGUCACAGAGGCAUCAGAGUACUCAGCAUUGUGUACAGAGAUCUUUAAAGAAGAAUCUGGGCUGGACCAAGAGAAGGUCUACAGCUUUGUGCAUCUGAGCAUUCAGGAGUUUCUAGCAGCAGUGCAUGCUUUAGAAUCAUGUCUUGGCAAAUGGGAAUAUGUUUUCCCCCACCCAACAGUCACUAAGGGUCAAGAUUAUCAUGAAAAGACCCGAUUCAAAGUCAAGUCAGACAAGUUUAGGUCAGACAGGAUGUUUAACUUACACAGGAGAGCAGUGGACCAGGCCUUGAAGAGUGAGAAUGGACACCUGGACCUGUUCCUCCGCUUCCUUCUGGGUCUCUCACUGGAGUCCAAUCAGAAUCUGUUACAAGGCCUUCUGACACAGAGAGGAAGUACAACACAGAGCAAUGAGGAAACAGUUAAGUACCUCUCAUUCAAUAUCAAGUACAAAUCCUCACCAGAAAGGAUCAUCAACUUGUUCCACUGUCUGAAUGAACUUGGUGCCAACUCUCUAGUUGAAGACAUGCAGACCUCCCUGCGAUCAGGAACUCUUUCUAAAACAGAGCUAAAACCUGACCAAUGUUCAGCCCUGGCCUACCUGUUACUGAUGUCAGAGGAGGUGCUGGAGGAGUUUGACCUGAAGACAUACAACACAUCAGAGGAAGGUUAUCAGAGGUUGCUGCCGGUAGUGAAAACCUGCAAGAGAGCACUACUGGAUCACUGUAAACUCACGUAUGAAUCCUGUGAGACUCUGGCCUCAGCUCUGCAGACACCAAACUCCCCCCUGAGAGAACUGGACCUCAGCUACAGUGAUCUGGGAGACAGAGGAGGGGAGCUGCUCUGUGUUGGAUUAACCAGUCCACUCCACAACAUACAGACACUUGUACUAGCUGGCUGUAAAAUCACAUAUGAAUCAUCUUGUGAGACUCUGGCCUCAGCUCUGCAGACACCAAACUCCCCCCUGAGAGAACUGGACUUAAGCGACAAUGACCUGGGAGACAGAGGAGUGAAGCUGCUCUGUGUUGGACUAACCAGUCCACUCUGCAACAUACAGACACUUGUACUGGAUCGCUGUGACCUCACAUAUAGAUCCUGUGAGACUCUGACCUCAGCUCUGCAGACACCAAACUCCCCCCUGAGAAAACUGGACCUCAGCCACAACAAUGACCUGGAAGACAGAGGAGUGGAGCUGCUCUGUGUUGGACUAACCAGUCCACUCUGCAACAUACUGACACUAGUUCUAGGUCACUGUGGUCUGACAGAGGGUUGCUGUUCACAUCUGGCCUCAGUCCUGAGUUCACCCAACUCACAACUGAAACAACUGGAGCUGAGAGACAAUGACCUGCAGGACUCAGGAGUUACACUGCUGUCUGCUGGACUGGAGGAUCCAGACUGUAAACUACACACACUGGGUCUAGGUCAGUGUGGUCUGACAGAGGGUUGCUGUUCAGAUCUGGCCUCAGUCCUGAGUUCACCCAAUUCACAACUGGAAACAACUGGAGCUGAGAGACAAUGA